AUAGUAUGUCAAAACAGUGCGCAGUCCAGGGUUGUAGAAUUAGACGUACUAAAUAGUGGGGCAGUAUGCGGUUUCAGACGUAGUCUCAUCUGUGGUGCGGACUAAAAGCUUUCGUGGGACUUAAACCGGAAACCAAACUUUUUUUUUUCACCUCAAACUUGUUUCGUAGCUGAGUCGAAAAGAGGAAAAAAAACGGCGAUGAGCAGAAGCAGCACUGCACCGUUACGAUGCACAGUUCCGUCUUUUUCAGCUUCGCAUCAUGUCGGCUGUGAGAAAGUUGCCAGCAAAAAGAAGUGAAAUAUCCACAUUUGGCUUGAGAUAAAGUGGCCGUCGAGUGUUUUCUGUCUCCUUCACAUAACGGACUCUUAGUGAUUUAUCAUGGGAGAUGAUGUUAAAGAUGAGUCGGUCAAGCCCAAAGAAACAACGUUCAACGGCAAAGCUGGCUGGUUGAAGAAGUCCUCAGGGAAGUUCCUGGGCAGCUACAAGGACCGCUACAUCCAGCUGGACAAAACUGAGAUUGCAGUGUAUGAAAACGAGGACUUACAGAAGUGCGUGGAGCGUCUGGAUUUGGAAAACUAUGACAAAUGCCACGAGUUACGCAGUCCUUUCAAGAAGAAAUACAGGCUGAUACUGAUACGAGCGCCCAAGAGUGCGAGUAAGGUCUGUGAUGUCAAACUGCAGGCUCCAAAUCAGGAAGAGAAAGAAGCUUGGAUCAAGGCACUCAGCGAUGCCAUUAACAGGGCAAAGAAUAAAAUCUUUGACGAGGUGAAAGUAGACGAAAGUUUAUCUUUAGAUCAUGUAACACGUUCUCGGCCGAAAGGAAACCGUGGUAGAAGACCACCAACCAGGAUACACAUGAAGGAGGCUGCAAGCAUGUCAUCAGAUGGAAUCUUGAGACUGGACCUUGACACUGUCGACAGUAUGCCUAAUGGUGCCCACAUCUUGAUGGAUGGUGCUGAUGGAGAAGCCAAAGUGGCUCCAUCUAAAUCUUUUGAUGAUAUUCCAGAGAAAGCUGAAGGUGAAGAUACGGAACCUCAGAAGAAAGUAUUGAAGCCUCCAAUGCCUCCAUCAAAGGAGAACAAACCCAGUGAAAGUCAGGACAGCGAGAGCAAAGAAGACGAACCUGCCCCACAGAAGAAGAUUCUCAUGCCACCGAUGCCACCAUCAAAGGAGCAGAAACCAUCUCAAAGUGCAGAAGAGGAGAAGGGAAGUGAAGAGAAGACAGCUGUGAAGCCACCCAUGCCUCCCUCAAAGGAGAAUAAACCCAAAGUAAGUGCCAUUGGGGAUGACGGUGAAGACACUGCCUCAGAGAAUGGUGAGUCCAAAGCAGAAACCACACCAGACAAGUCCAGUCCAGUUCAAGGUGAGACAGAUGUUCCUGAAACCGUCCAUCCUCCCAGUCCACCAUGUGAAGACAUGAAACCCAAGCAGGCAUCUAGCUUAAGUGAUAAUGAAGUUCUUUCAGAAGAUGAUGAAGGUUUUCCCAGUAAGGAAGAUGAGACAGAAGACAAACUAGUCAAACUUUCAAAUAAUGUCCCAAAGCCCCAAGGAGUGAUGUGGGAUUCACCUUCUUCAACAGAGGAGAAAAGUUCUGUUGGCCAAAAUGCUGAUAAAUCCGCUCAAAGCGUAGUAACGACAAUAAAGUUUGAACCUGUAAAACCUGCCACUGAACUCAAAUUAACUCCACAUUCAACUCCAGAAGCUGUUAAAAAGAGUGCUGGCCCCCCUGCUCCACCAAAAAAGAAACCUCUUAAACCACCUGUCAAAAUGGAGGACCAGGCUGUCCAGGACCACCCUGUGGUCGCAGCUAUUGCUUCAGUUCCUGUUGCCGUGUCAUCCUCAGUUGAAAAAGUCUCUGAAAACGUGCCAUUAGAUGAAGCAAAACCUGUCAAUCAAGAACCAAAAGAAGAGCGAAAGAUUGUUAUCCUGAGUCUAAGUAACUCAGGAGCAAGCGAGGACCUGGAUGAUCUAUCUGGAGUGGAAGCGGAAGUAAAGUCUAUUGACAGCGGUCAGCUCUCUGCUGAAGACUCUGAAAGUAGUGAGCAAGUUACACCAUCCACAGAUAAGCUGCAGAGUAGUCUGGAAGUCUUAAAUGGUGUGACCAGUGAAGAGGAACUGGAGACACCGGACAGCAAGGUCCAGACAAUGGAGGAUCCACUUUCAGCCAUCCUAACUGUUAAGCUUGAACCCACUAUGGAUGACUCCAGCCCAGUUACUGCAGAAAGUAGGUGCACCCCUCAGAUCUCCAGCCCUGCUUCAACGCUGAACUCCUCCUUGAAGAAACGGUCUGCAUCCACGGGAGACAUUCUCGAGGACAUGAAGGGCUUGCAAAGUAAAGUGUCCAUGGAGCUUGAGGAGACAGAAGAGCUGCUGGGUAAAAUCGCACCCAGAGGGUCCCCUGAAGCCGGACAAGACAGUGAGGGGGUAACAGAUCCAGAGAUCCUGCUUGCUAAAGCAAUGGAGAAACUUAGGAAAGCUGACCAGUUCUUGAAAGAAGCCAAGAGUUUUAAAGAGCAGGAGAACAAAAGCAAUAGAAUAAGCUUGUAAUUGUUGAAGAUAAAGAUAUUGGGGCUAUAUUGUUUUAAUGGAAUCACAAAACUUACAAAUGAUUAAAGUGCAAUUAUACCCCCAUUGCUUUUUAAACUGGACCGGUGCGUAGUUAGUGAGUCCGUCUAUAACUGUUUCAUAACCAGGUACCAUGGAUUAAACUAGGGAUCCAAUACUGAGUAUUGAUAUCAAACCAACAUUGCCCAGAAAUGCUGGAGCUAUGAAUCCCUGAAUUAAACUUGAUUAAUGAGCCCAAUUGAUGUACUUGAUGAGUGAGAUUACGGAAACAUAAUACUGAAUGCUUCUCAGUGGAUGUCAACAUGUAUUCUUGCUUUCAGAAUUGUAAUCUUUGAUGUUUUCUGCACUGGGUUAACAUGACGCUUAUCAUGAUGUCAGUUUGACAGUUUUCAGUUAAAGGCUUCCAGCACUGGUGUUCAACUAGCACUUAAGAAUGUGAUAGAAUGGUGUUGCACUCAAAUUUCACUCUACUGUAUAGCACACCUCUUCUCCACCUUAGAGUAUCUUACUUUAGUGUUCCACACACUAGCACAAAAGCAGGGCCACAUGAUAAUGAAACUAGUGUCAGGUUACAUUAUUUUACUGAUGCUAAUAAUAAUGCAGUGGCCUUGUUCAAUUUUUAUGUUAAUGUACAUCGGAACUAGCAACUUCUGCUCUGAUAGACAUCAGUUUCAUCCAUUUCACAGUUUAUACAGAGAGCAUCAUGAAAACAUCUAUUUUCAUACUGACAGUGAGAAUCCAGUUUUAAUUCCUCUGCUUAUUUCUAAUUGGUUAGAAUAUCAACAGUGUUAUGCUAACAGCUAUUAUGCUUACUGUCCAUUGUCUUGUCUUUUAAAUUUUUUUUUUUUUUUUUAAAGUGUCAGGGCAUGUACCUUUUUUGUUUGUUAUUAUCAGUGUUUUUAUAUGUAGAAAACGCAGUAUAUGAUCCAGAUACUCAGUAAUAAUACAGUUAACCCCCUUUUUUGUAUGAAAUUCUGGUUCUAGUUUAAUAUUUCAUUUCAAACAAAAAAAAAAGUAUUAGACUUCCGAAUUGAUUAUGUGGUACAGGUCAUAGCCCUGCACGUAUAGGUGUAGCCCACUUACCAGAACAUUCCUGAAACAUGAUUCAAAGUUUUUCUAUGUGAGCAUCCAGAUAACAUUUAUAGUUACUUUGUAUAGCAAUAUAUUAGCUCAUUAAAAAAAAAUAUAAAGGAUUUCCUUUUGUAAAUAACAUGUCUACCAAUGAAUUGCUUAAUAUUUAAGUUAUUAAUAUUAUGGCAUCCUGGUUCUUGUCCUUUGAAGUAAAAAAAAAACCUAAUAUCAAAUUUACUCAGAGAUCCCAAUGUACUGAACUGAUAAAUUAUGUUUACCAUUAAAACUAUAAGAAGA